GCCACCUUAUAUAUAUAUAUAUAUAUAUAUAUAACAAAUACUUCUCUGGUAAAUGUUAGUUUUAUCCUCCAAUAUAUCCUCUUCACAACACUUGACAAAAGUACGUGAUGAUGAGAACACCAAUUGCAAGCAAUGAUGAAAGUGGUUUGAAGAAGGGGCCUUGGAGCCCAGAAGAGGACAAAAUAUUAGUGGAUUUCAUUGAGAAACAUGGCCAUGGAAGUUGGAGAGCCCUUCCAAGGCUUGCAGGCUUAAACAGGUGUGGAAAGAGUUGCAGACUAAGGUGGACUAAUUACCUCAGGCCUGAUAUCAAACGCGGAAAAUUCUCUGACGAAGAAGAGCAACUCAUCAUCAAUUUACAUUCAGCUCUCGGGAAUAAGUGGGCGGCUAUAGCAUCUCAUCUACCAGGGAGGACUGAUAAUGAAAUAAAGAAUUUGUGGAACACCCAUUUAAAGAAAAAGCUAAUGCAAAUGGGGUUAGACCCAGUGACUCACCGUCCAAGAACUGAUAACCUAAACCUUCUUAGCAAUCUACAACAGAUAUUGGCAGCUGCUAAAAUUGUGAGCAGUUUGACGAACCCAUCUGCUCUAAGCUGGCUACAGUCAGAUGCCACACUCCAAUUAUUGCAAAACAUGUAUGCUAGGCCUACUGCCUCUAACUCAGACCCACUGAUCAAUCCUUUUCGAACAUUAAACUCACUGCCAGAUUCUUAUUCUUUGCUAAAUGAUCUUUUGGGUUUCAAUCUUCACUCUAAUCUCCAAAACCUUUAUGAUGGUAAUUCGCUUUCUCAAAUCCAGCCCAAUUUCCAAAACUUUGAGGCCCCUCAGCAGCCAACGCAGCACUUGAAUGGUGGCAGAAAUACUAGUUUCAGGGAAUCGCAAAAGCAAUUUGGUUCCACAAAUAAUAUUGCUGACCCUUCACUAUCGAGUUCGCUUCCAAAUCUGGUUUCUGCCUCACCUGAACGUUCCCCAUUCAAGGAAGCUGAAAACAUUAUGGUAAACUCAAAGGACUGUUCCACCUCCUUUGAGUUAACGUGGGGUGAUUUCAUGGAUGAAGAAACAACCGAAACUUAUUGGAAAGGUUUCAUAGAUCGACCAACAUUCUAAUUAACCAGCCAUGGUCGACAGUCCCAUGAAAGAAAAGAUCACGGCAUUUGAGAGUUAUCACAGUCACAGCAAUAACGGGAUUUAUUCGCUGAUCUAUGUAUAAUAAACAUAUAUACUGUUCGUUUAGUUAUAUAUAAUGGUUGGUUUGUAUGUAUUAAUUGACGAUGGAUUGAUUUCAGAUCCAAAUAUAGAAAGCUCUUGGAUUGUAAAUUAAAUGUACAACGUGGAGAUUCGUACAAUUAAAUCGACCAUAGAAUAGAGGCCCUAUGAUGUUCUUCUUCUUUGUAUAAACUAUAAAAUAAAAGGUUGUGUAGGCUUUCCUUCCUAAAUGCAGUCUUUAUUUU